CAGAAGCCGCUCGAUUGUUUACAAGGUGACCUAAGUUUAACUUAAGGAUGGCUACUUUAACAUUUUAAGGCUUCACUUUCUGUGACGGGUUUAUUGAUCAAAAAUUUGUGGACCCUCCCGAUUAACUUGUUUAGAACAAGACGAAGUCCAAGGAUGGUAACUUUAAGUUUAACUCUUAAGGUUUCAGUUUCCAUGAUUGAUGUAAGGAUUAAAUUGGAGAGCUUGUCACUUUGACACAGUUUGACGAGUCUAGUAAUAGUGGAAGAACUUGUGCAAUGGAAUAAAUGUUUGUGAAAAUAAGAAAAAAAAUGACAUUCCUUCAAUGAAUAAUGUUCUAGCUGUUACUCAUUAACUUAUGAAUAAGUUAUAAACAUAAAUGGGUUAUCGUGAUAUCGACUUGAAAAUAUCGUUGAAUUUGAGUAUUAAUACUCUGGAAGUUUGAACUUAGUUGACAACUCAAGAGUCAAGUUGAAGAUAAAAAAGUGAAGUUUAAAUUUGAUACUAUUACUAAUGACUCGUGCAUUGCCAUGGUUUUGCAUUACAAGAACAAUUGAACUCUCGGUGCGCUUAGUUACUGCUUUGUAAAUAGCUUUCUAACUAUAAGACUAAGUAUAAUACCUUGAUGGUGUAGAUUCUCUUAAAAAUUAAAACUAGUGGAUAUAUUUUAUUGUUCUGUGAAAAAAAAUUGAAAUGGACAACAGUGCUCCUGCCGCAAGAAAUACAAUUUAUUCUAGCGGCAAAACUGACAACACUUGUAAGUUUGAUUGUACUGCUACUACCUGUACCAAUUGUACAAGUAAUGAUGAAACGCAAAUUUAUGAACAAAAAUUCCCAGGAAAUAUUCCCACUAGACAUGUGCUUACAAUUUUGGGCUUUCUGGGAUUUUUUGUAAUUUACUCACUCAGAGUCAAUUUGAGCGUCGCCUUGGUUGCUAUGGUGAACAACACAGCCAUAUGGACAAAUAUUACCAUAAUUGAAGAAUGUUCUAAACAAUCUGGAAUUUUAAACUCAACGCUCAAGUAUGAAAAAGAUGGAGAGUUUGCCUGGGAUGAAAAUCUUCAAGGUAUCAUUCUUGCAGCUUUUUUCUAUGGUUACAUCCUUACCCAAGUUCCUGGUGGAAGACUUGCUGAACAAUACAGUGCUAAGUGGUUAUUUGGAAGUGGUAUUCUUUGGACAUCUCUUCUUACAAUGUUGACACCUAUAGUAGCCCGUUGGAGUGUUACAGCUUUUAUAAUUCUCAGAAUUUUGGAGGGUAUUGGAGAGGGGAUUACAUACCCAGCAUUAAAUGUCAUGUAUGCCCGUUGGAUCCCUUUACAAGAACGUAGCACAGUUAUCAGCUUGGUGGGAACAGGUGCUAAUUUGGGUACUGUUAUUACCUUACCUGCUGCUGCUAUGUUGUGUAAUUGUGAUUUUGGUGGAGGCUGGCCUACAGUUUUCUACAUUUUUGGUUCAUGUGGCAUUCUUUGGUUCUUUUUCUGGAUACUUUUAAUUCAUGACUGGCCUGAAGAACAUCCAACAAUAUUGCGUAGAGAAAUAUUGUAUAUUCAGACCAAUCGCCAGUGUAUUACAAAUUACCUAAAGCUUACUAAGGUACCAUGGCAUAGUAUUCUUACUUCUGUUCCUCUUUGGGCCCUGUCUUUCACAAAGUUUUGUGGUAAUUGGGGUUUUUCUAUGCUGCUUACAGAACUGCCUUUGUAUCUGAACAAUGUGUUGCACUUCCCUAUAAAACAAAAUGGUUACAAAAAUGCCUUGCUGUAUAUAGCAGAAACGUUAACUAUGACUGGUAGUGGAGUUGCGUCAGAUUAUCUCAGAGUCAAGGGAUACUUCAGAACAACAACUAUUAGGAAAAUAUUUGAGUCAAUUUCAAUGUUGGGGCCUGCAUUUUGUCUGGUUCUAGUACCUUUUGUUGGAUGUGAUGGAACAGCAGCUGUUUACCUAUUCGUGUUUAGCAUGGCAUUCUAUGGCUUUUCUUCAGGAGGUGAUGGCCCAAUAGCACUUGACAUGGCUCCAGAAUUUGCAGGGACUGUAAUGGGGAUUGUGAAUGCAGUAACCAAUGUAGCUGGUUUAUUUGCUCCUUUAGUUGGUGGAUUUUUGACUGAACAUAAUGAGAGUCUUGUUCAAUGGGGCAAAGUCUUCUAUCUUGCAGCAGGAAUGUACAUUCUUGGAGCCUUGAUUUUUCUGUUAUUUGGCUCAGCUGAAGUCCAGCCUUGGGCCGUAAUUCCUGAAGACAGCUGUACAGAACCUCUAAACCCACAAGAGGAUAAUCAUCGAGAAUGACCAAAACUUUAGAGGUGCAGUAUGACUCAUGAAGAUGAAAAUGAAUAACAGCAGUUUGAUUGCCCUGAAUAUUUAAGCAUUCUCAAGAAAAAAGUCUUUUUUUUUAAAACUGAUUAUUAGUUUGAUAGUCUAUUAAUCUAUAUAAAAUUGACAGCCUUUUGUGUGUGUAUGUGUGUGUGUGGAGGGGGGAUAGUGCAGGGAUUAGGCAAAUUAAACAAAUGAUUAAUAUUGCAGAAGUUCCAUUAUUACUAAGUUAGAUUAUAGAAACUAAUAUAUUUUAAAAAGUACUUUCUAUUUCUUUUCUUACUUGUGUAUUCAGUGUAUAUUAUAUAAUUAACAACAAUGUUGAUAAUUUUAUGGCUUGUAAUCUUGAAAAAAUUUAGCCAACAUUGAGUAUGCAUGUACUUGUCAUUAACUUGUAUUCAUUGAUUAUAUAGUAAAACAUUUACACAUUGUUUGUUUAUUUUGAAGAAAAUAUUUGAUUAUAGGUAAAAUAUGCAUAACUUUAAUAGUUAGAUGCUUUUCAAUAUAAUUAUAUUUUCUUUAUGCAUUAAACUUGAAAAUGAGUCUUGCAUAAAAGUAAUAGGAAAGUUCUACAUUGUGAGGGUUUUAGUGUGUAUAUGCUAUCUUUAAGUUGUACCUAAACAGUAAGAAUAUUUUAAUAAAUGAAAAACAAAAGAGUAUAUAUCUGAGAAAUUGAGCUCUAGUCAUGAACAAAACAACUACAUAACCAUUUUCUGCUUGGUUUAUUUAUGGUCUUCAUUAAGACAAGAGAAGACAAAACCAACUCUAUUUUGUUAUAGUUUAGAUUUGUUUUUCUGUUUAGUCUUUUUUGUUAACAAACCUGUAAAAAAUAAAAUCUAAAGAAAGACUGAUUUUUUGCAGAUUUGAGCUUCAAGUGCAAGAUUUAUUUUUUUUAUACUACAUGUAUAGGUAUUAACAUAUUUAAAGUACAAACUCUAUUGAUCUGUUAUAUAUAUUUCUGUGUAAGGUAAUGAAUGUUAAAGGCCCAAGGUUUUAUUAUAAGGUAAUUUAUUUUUUUUUGGUUAUAGUGUAAUUUUGUUAUUCUUAGUAGAUAUAACUGUUUUGAACAGCAAGGUUUUACUCAAGAGAAAAUAUAAACUAUUAUUUCCAUUAUGUGGCUCGUAGCAUAAAUAUGAAGUGUGUGUGUAUAAAAUUACUUUCAUUACCUUUUUCAAGGCAGGAGUGAACUUCAGCUAUAAAAACAUGUAUUCAGUAUAUAAUUUAACUAUUUACUAAACAUUCUUGAUGAUGUUACUGAAAUGAUAUGUGUGUUUAUGAGAUUGAAAAGUUUUUACAUUUUUAGUAUCUUAAAUGUAUUUGUGUGCAUAUAUAUACACACACACACCAGUACUUGAAUCUUUAUUUACAGUGUUACAGCCACAAUGUAAUAUAUACUACAUAGCAUGAAACCCUUCAUUUCCCUUCUUUCAUAAACAGUUAUAAUUUUAUAUUUCAAAAUAGUACAUGCAUUGUGCUCUAUCAUUUCACGUAUUGAGAUACUUCAUUGACUUGAGUUUGUUGUAAUAAACUGUAUUCUGCUAAAAUGCUGCUUCACAUUCAUUUGUUAAUUAGAGGUAUUCCAACCUAAAAUUAUGAAAUAAUGAAUAUAUGUACAUCUAAGACAAAAAAGGCCACUAAAGUUGCCUCGUAUCCAUCAUCAUGCAUUAUUACUGUGAUAUAUGUGCAGUAUGCAAAUACCAUAUCUCAUCGUAGUAGUUGAUACGAUACGUAUCUAGAUAUUGAUGCCGCUUAUCAAGAGACAGAAGUUUUACCAACAGUUUGUUACAAAGU